ACACACACGCACACACAUCGGAGCACACCGGGAGAGCACAGAUGUGUUCAACUUUUCCCUUUUGUCACAUUUGAAUAUUUCAUUCCUAUUUUUUGUUCUUCUUGUUGGUUCACUUUGGAAGCGGAGGCAGCGCAAUUGUGUGGGAGCAGAAAGCACCUCCGCGUGGAGGACAAAGCAGGUUUUUUUUUCCCCCUUCUUUUUUAUUUCCUCCGGGAAGACGAAGGAGAGUUGCGGGGUUCCGCCGCCUCGGAGGAGUGGAGGAUAACGGGAGGGGGGGUGGGGGUGGGGGGGGUGGGGGCUAGGAAGACGACCACCUCUCGGAUAUCCGUGGACAUGGCGCUGGAGAGGAGACUGGACCUGCUGCUCGGACUUGUCUUGCUUGUGCAGUGUGUCCACGACGCCGGAGCCCAGACCGGGGUCGCUUACUCCUAUGUGCAUGGUAGGCAAGUGGUGAAAGAGGAUGUGGCCGUGGACAUGAAAACACAUGCGCACCGCUGGAGGAGAUGGCUUCCGAACAGCCUGCGGAAUAAGGACAGUAACAGGGCCAGUCAGGAGCAGGAACGUGACAAAGAGGAAGCGGCGCAAGAAGAAGAGGCCGAGCGCUUCCCGGACCUGAUGUCAGUCGAGGACACUGGCAACAGCUCACAAAUUGAGGAGGACACAGAUCACAACUACUACACAUCCAAAAUUUACAGCCCGGCGGAGCCAACAAGCAAGGGUUUGUGGGUAAACAUUGAGCAGAUGGACAAGGAGAAAGUGAAGAUACAUGGGAUUCUGUCCAACACCCACAGACAAGCAGCAAGAGUCAAUCUGUCCUUCGAUUUCCCUUUUUACGGACAUUUUCUCCGUGAGAUCACCGUGGCAACUGGCGGGUUCAUUUACACAGGCGACGUGGUGCACCGGAUGCUAACCGCAACACAAUACAUCGCCCCCCUUAUGGCCAACUUCGACCCGAGCGUGUCCAGAAACUCGACUGUCAUCUACUUCGACAACGGUACGGCUCUGGUGGUGCAGUGGGACCACGUUCACCUGCAGGACAACUACAACCUAGGCAGCUUCACGUUCCAGGCCACACUGCACGACACUGGACGCAUCGUCUUUGCUUACAAAGAGAUCCCGGUAGAACUGUCACAGAUAAGCCCAGUCAACCACCCAGUGAAAGUGGGCCUCUCGGACGCUUUUGUGGUAGUCCACAAAAUCCAGCAGAUCCCCAAUGUGAGGCGGCGGACCAUCUACGAGUACCACCGUGUGGAGCUGACCAAGACAAGGAUCACCAACUCCUCUGCGGUGGAAUUUACACCGUUGCCCACGUGUCUCCAGUUCACAACCUGUAGAGCGUGUAUCUCCUCCCAGGUUAACUUCAACUGCAGCUGGUGCCAUCGACUCAACAGAUGUUCCAGUGGAUUUGACCGUCAUCGGCAGGACUGGGUGGACAACAACUGUCCAGAUGAGACAAAGGACAAAAUGUGUGACAUAAUUGACACCACAUACCUCUACCCGUUCACCACAUCUGUUGGCGCCAAGACCACACCCAGAAAAAAAGAGGCCCAACCCUCGACUUCACAGCCCCCCACCAGCGCCCCAACUGAAGAUGAUACCAAGAUUGCGCUGCAUCUCAGAGAAAAUCAAGUGAUGCCAGCAGACAGCACGGUGGACCGUACGACGGGCCCACAUCCUCUGCACACGGGUUUGAUCCUGGGCGUCCUGUUGGUGAUGCUCAUCAUGGUGGCGGGGGUGAUGGUCACCGUCUACAUCUACCAUCACCCGACAUCGGCCGCCAGCCUCUUCCUGAUCGAGAGACGGCCGAGCAGGUGGCCGGCCAUGAAGUUCCGCCGUGGCUCGGGCCACCCGUCCUACGCCGAGGUGGAGCCGGCGGGCCACGAGAAGGAGGGCUUCAUCGUGUCUGAGCAGUGCUGAGGGCCAAAUUUCCAGCCAGUGAGGGACGCCGUCACCUGGAUCAUCCUGGAUCUGGAGAAAAGACUCGUUUUGCCGAGCGACUGAAGAUGAGGACGCCACGGAAGGACAACAUGGCUGCCUCGACUGCGACUGUAUGGCAACAGGAGGGAAUGGCACCAUAUAUAUUUUCAAGAACAAUGUGUGAAGGGAUUUACACUUUAUUGUGGCUGAGGUACUACAAUACAGUAUAGGCUUUGAAUGUCCAUCCGGUUAUGUCUUACUUUGCAUUUUCUUCUCAUGGCAUGUUUUCACAGGCCUUUUCUUUUUUCUUGUUUUUUAUUUCACUAACAGCGUAGCAGGUUUGAUUGACUUUUGUACAGCGUUUAUGUACACAUUAAUCCUGCAGAGCCUACAUCAUCUAUCACAGCAAAGUUCAGAAAAUUAUGGUUUUAUUUGAUUUGUGGUAUUAUAUAUACAGGUAUAUAUAUAUUUGUUACUAUGGCUGACACUGAAAAAUAAUCAUCCCAUAGAAAUGAAGUGGUAAUGCUACGGUAGAUUAAAAAGUCACAUUUUCUCUAUAAAAAUUGAUAAUAUUAUGAGAGUAAAGUAAUUUUACGGGGGAAAUUAUUAAAGGCAAAUUUUAAUGAGGACAAAAAGUCAUUUAUUAGGAAGUAAAUUCUAAAACAUUUGUUUACAACUAUUCUUGUAGAUUCCUACUUUUUUCAAGAAAAAAACUGCUAUAUGACCUUAUUAUCUUAUGAAUACAACCUUUUCUCUGAGAAGACUUUUUUCUUUUCUUUUUUUUCUUCAAAAUACAACCAUUCUCAUAAGAUUACUACUUUUUUCCCCAUGAAAUCUAAUUUGUUUCCCCUCGAUUACUACUUUUUUCUUAAGGAAAAAAAACAAAUUUAUUUCCAUAUUACUACUUUUUCUGUACUUUUUUCUUUAAAAUGUUUUAUUUAAUUCUCGUACGAUUAUUACUUUAUCCACCAAAGUCGGACUUUCCCCCCCCCCCUUUUGAAAAUGUUUUAAUUUAGAUUACGACUUUUUUUCAAAGAAGAAAAAUAAAAUGUGUUUCCCUCUCAAAAUGUUUUAUAUUUUAUUUAGAUCUUUUUUCAACAUGGUCCUGACACUCCUUAGUAGUUUUUGAACAAGUGAUUAGCACUCCUCUAAAUGAUUUCUAAUGAGUUCUAAUCCAAUCAAAAGGUUAGUUGUAUGUAUGUACAUUUUUUUCUUAUUUUACUUUUUUUUCUUUGCUA